UAAUGAAAUUAAAACAACAACGUUAACGAAGGAAUAAUCGAACUCUUGAAGUGAAACCUCUGCGUAGGAGGGUUUGUACGUUGACGUACAAGACUGCAACACAAGUGGUCCUUGAGAGAGAGGGAGGGAGAGGCUUUGAUGCUCUCUGUUUUCUCCGAAACCCAAAACCAAACAAUUUGCAAUUGAGGGUGUGAAGGAUGAAGGAUCAGAAGCAGAAUAGUGAGGAGCGACCAGUGAGAGUAUAUGCAGAUGGCAUAUAUGAUCUCUUUCACUUUGGCCAUGCUGGUUCUCUCGAGCAAGCCAAGAAGCUGUUCCCAAACACGUACCUGCUUGUUGGCUGCUGCAAUGAUGAAACCACCCACAAUUAUAAGGGCAAAACUGUUAUGACCGAGAAGGAGCGCUAUGAGUCACUCCGCCAUUGCAGAUGGGUGGAUGAAGUUAUUCCUGAUGCACCAUGGGUGCUCUCGCAAGAGUUUCUUGACAAGCAUCAGAUUGACUAUGUGGCACAUGAUUCUCUUCCCUAUGCUGAUGCAAGUGGGUCUGGAAAGGAUGUCUAUGACUUUGUUAAGUCUGUUGGAAAGUUUAAGGAAACAAAACGGACUGAUGGGAUUUCUACAUCAGAUAUCAUAAUGAGGAUUGUUAAAGAUUACAACCAGUAUGUGAUGCGUAAUUUGGACCGUGGGUACACAAGAAAGGAGCUAGGUGUUAGCUAUGUGAGGGAAAAGCGACUGAGAGUGAACAUGGGACUGAAAAGACUGCGUGAGAGGGUGAAGGAGCACCAAGAAAAAGUAGGAGAGAAGAUACAGAUAGUAACAAAGACUGCUACAAUGCGUCGUAAUGAAUGGGUGGAGAAUGCUGAUCGAUUGGUUGCUGGAUUUCUUGAGAGGUUUGAAGAAGGUUUCCACAAAAUGGGAACAGCCAUAAGGGACCGAAUUCAAGAGCGAAUAAGGAAGCGGCAGUUCAGAGGCCUUUUAUAUGAAGAAGAUGAUGAUGAUGAGUUCUAUGACGACUCUGAAGACGAACAUGAUGAUGAAGACGAAAAAUAAAUUUAUUCUUGUUGAUGUCCAUUGGUUAGGCUGAAAUACUUAUUUAUGGUAUUAAUGUAGAAGUAAUCCAAUAAGAAUUCCGAAGGCCAAGUUUGUGAAACAGCCUAAAGUAAGGCUUGGAUCUUCAAAUACAAUUAUUAGUAAUCUUUCCUCUUCAAAUACAAUUAUUAGAAACUAUUUAUGA